UUCAUCACAAUCAGUUCGCUGCAGUAUACAUGGGUUUCAACCAAGUUUUAGCCUGUUGCUAUAGGCUGAUCGUAACGACUGUCAGAUGUAAGGCUCACUUAGUGCAGACAUGAGGUGUUGCGGCCUUGAAACUGUGAUCAUUUUUGGACUCUUCCACUACGGGUCUGCUAUAGUCUGCUACGAGUGUAACAGCGCCAUCAACACCAUGUGCUCGGACGCCAUUCUGCCGGAGAACUUGAAGCGGAACUGCUCGGACCACGACCGAGGAGUCACUCAUACACUUUGCAGGAAGAUCGUCCAGCACGUGGAAUUCGAUGUCAAUGGUCACAUGCCGACCGACAGAGUCAUCAGAAGCUGUGGAUGGGAUGAAACUAAAUACAAGGGUGCUUGUUACCAUCGCUCCGGCUUCGGUGGUCGCCAGGAAGUAUGCUCCUGUACAAAAGAUCUGUGCAACAGCGCCCAUGGACACCAUUCUUCUAUAUUCAUGGCGUUCACUUCCCUCGUAAUAGUAUUUGUUCACAAGUAUGUCACUCCAAUGGCGUGCUCACGAAAACGAAACUACUUGUAAUACUAUUAAUGAAAAUGUGCCAAUUUUUUUAAUUAUACCAUUAUUACAAAUUUCUGAAUUGCCAUAUGUGCAAUGUGUUACAUGGAUUUAACAGAUGUUAGUGUCAUUACAGGUUUAUUAAACUACAAUAUGCUUAAUAUAUUACAUCUAUGUAAUGUGCUUUUAGUUUUAUUUGUAGGUGACGAAAUAAAUACGAAUUUAUUUUAG